AUGGCGUUUAGUUUCCGACUUGGGGCUUGUCUGGCCAUUUUGGCUGCCCUCCUUCACGUUACAGUAGCAACCGCUCCCAAGACUGGGCCAAGCAGCUGCCAGAAGACGGAGUUCUGGUAUAAGGAUGCCGGUUGCUGUCUUCCAAGCGGUGGUCCCCCAAAGCCCCCGCCUCCCCCACCGAGCGACAGUGAUUGCCCCCCAACUAGUCAUUAUUGGGGUCAGAAACAAGGGUGCUGCGUUCCUCGCAACCCGGCCCCACCUAACAACCCCCCUCCUCAGUGCCGCAAGGGCUGGCAGUGGGUUCCCGCUCUUCGCAAGUGCACACACGAACCUACCAAGCCCAACAACCCUAAACCUGCCCCAUCCCCCAAGCCCAAGCCCGGGCACGGUGGUGGAAGCGGAGGUGGUGGUUACGGACAUAAUCAUGGGGGAUACGGAAGGCGUUCCACUAGCAUGAAAUCGCGAUCAGAUUCGCUCUGUCCCCAAGGCUUGGAUGCCUGUCAUAUUGGAGGGCUAGGAUCGCGUGAAUACGAAUGCAUUGACGCGUCGACCGAUCUAGAAUCUUGCGGUGGGUGCACGUCCACCGGUCAAGGCCAAGAUUGUACGGCAAUCCGUGGAGCUUGGAAUGUCGGCUGUGAAGCCGGACGAUGUGCUAUCUAUACUUGCGCUGGAGGAUAUCGUCUUUCAAAUGACAGAAGUAGCUGCAUCCACCUUUGA